AUGCAUCUCCUCCCCGCACUGACAACCGCCGCCCUCCUGGCGCCCAUCGGCAGCUUGGCCGCCCCGGCCGGCGACGCCGCCUCGGUGCCCCAGUUCCAGCCCCUGUACGCGCGAGAAAACCUGUGCAGCCUCCAGAAGCCGCCCCAGCUGUGCACGCCCGACCCGUCGAUCACGGUGGAGGAAACGGCGCGCCGCGCGUACCAGUUCUACCGUGCCUUUGUGGUGGAUGGCGAUCCGAGGACCAUGUUCUCGCUUAUUGAUGAUGUCUAUCUGCAACACAACCCCGGAUACGCAAGCGGCCCGCAGGCCAUCUGGCCCCUUUUCUGCAGUGGGCGCAAGAUCGGAACCGAGCAGGGCACCAGCUGGUGUUUUGAUGCCAGCACGAACAUGUCGUACGCCCGGUACUCGACUGUGGACAGAUGGCGCUGGGUGGGAGGGUGUGUUCAUGAGCAUUGGGACCAAGGGGAGAGGUUUCCUACGGAUGGCUGCUAUAAACUGCCAACAAAUGCGACGGGUUAG